AUGCCAACCUCGACCGAGAACGAGAGAGAAUGCAGAACUAUUCCCCUGAGGUCUAUUGGCCAGAAGCAAAACAAACCCUAUCUCCACGAUGACAUCAUGUAUCUCAUUGCGGAUUAUCUUAGUCCGGUGGACCUACUCACCUAUAUACGUGCGAUUCCUCCCUUAGCCCACCUCCUUACAAAAAAGCAAAUUAACAACCGCGGCCAUGACGGUUCCUCGCUGUUACACCUCAUCGUGUCUGAAAGGGAUACUCGGAUGGCAAAGAUUCUUGUCACCAAUGCUAUUGACCCGAACAUACCCGAUGGAGACAAAGCUACGGCAUUCAGUCUCGCUGUUAAUCUUGGAUAUGAAGAUAUGGUGAAGCUAUUUCUGGAAUGCAGCCAGCUUGAUAUAAAUGCUGUGGAUAACCAGGGUUUCACAGCACUUAUGGCUGCGGUGCGCAAGGAAUACGAAACUAUAGUCGAUACCCUCCUAGAGCGGGAAGAUAUAGAUUUCAAUAUUCGCAGUGAGAAGGGUGACACUGCGCUCUUGAUUGCGAUAGGGAAAGGCAGCAGCAGCCUAGCCAAAGCUCUCCUAAGGAGGAAAGACCUUGAUGCUAGUUUUCCGGACCACCGACCCCUUUUUCGCGCAAUAUACCAUCCUGAUGCUUCCCGAGUGGAACUGCUACUGGGCCGCAAAGAGGUUGACAUCAAUUGCAAAACUGACACUCGCAGGACAAUGCUCAUGCAGGCAGCAGAAAUUGGGCACCACGAGGCAGUUAGGUUACUGCUAAGCCGAGAGGACCUCGACGUUAAUGCCGCGGAUGAUAGAGGAGACACAGCGUUGAUUAUUGCGAUAUUUCGAGGAUUCGAUGACAUCGCAUCUUUGCUAAUGGAGCGAGAAGAUCUUGACAUGAAUUUUCAAAUGUACGACGGCACUGCGCUCAUGCACGCGGCACGAACCGGGUUUGGAGAUCUUGUGUAUGUAUUGCUCAACAGGCGGGACACUGAUAUAAAUGCACAAGAUCGCCAUGGUCGAACAGCACUUAUGUUUGCAGCUCGUGAUGACCUCGGUUAUACAAAGACUGAUAGUGCCGUGCAUGUCCUCCUAGCACGGGAAGAUAUUGACGUCAACAUCAGAGACCGCCGUGGCCGGACAGCGCUCAUGAUUGCAGCAGAGGCCGGACAGAGACGUAAUGUUGACUGUUUGCUUAGGAUGGCAGAUAUAGAUGUUGACAUACAAGACGUAGUUGGGGCCACGGCUCUAACAUAUGCAGCAAGUGAGGGUCAUGAACUUAUCGAGGAAAUACUUCGGAGUCAUAUUGAAGCUAGGACACAGAGCUUGAGUUCUUUAGCGAUAAAGAGUGGAAAUAUAAUAUGUAGCUAG